CUGGAGACGUACGGCUGCCAGAUGAACGUCAACGACACCGAGAUCGCCUGGGCCGUCCUGCAGAGGAGUGGCUACGCCAGGACAAAGGAGCUGGGUGAGGCAGAUGUGAUCCUCCUGGUCACCUGUUCUGUGAGGGAGAAGGCAGAGCAGGCCAUCUGGAAUCGCCUGCGGCACCUCAAGGCGCUGAAGGCCCGGCGGCAGCAGGCUGGCUUACCCCUCCGCAUCGGGAUUCUAGGAUGCAUGGCCGAGAGGCUGAAGGAGGAGAUCCUGCACAGGGAGAAGCUGGUGGAUAUCGUGGCAGGCCCUGAUGCCUAUCGGGACCUUCCCCGGCUGCUGGCCGUGGCAGAGUCUGGCCAGCAAGCUGCUAACGUCCUGCUGUCCCUAGAUGAGACUUACGCAGAUAUUCUGCCUGUCCAGACCAGCGCAGGCGGCACAACGGCGUUUGUAUCCAUCAUGCGGGGCUGUGACAACAUGUGCAGCUACUGCAUCGUGCCCUUCACCCGUGGCCGCGAAAGGAGCCGCCCCAUCGCGUCCAUCCUGCAGGAAGUGAGGAUGCUCUCGGAUCAGGGAGUGAAAGAAGUGACCCUGUUGGGUCAGAACGUCAACAGCUUUCGAGACACAUCUGAGGUGCAGUUCCAGUCAGCCGCUGCCCCCGUCCUCAGUCGUGGCUUUAGCACCAUCUACAAGGCUAAACCGGGAGGCUUGCGCUUUGCACAUCUUCUAGACCAGGUUUCUAGAAUCAAUCCAGAAAUGAGGAUCCGUUUCACCUCUCCGCACCCCAAGGAUUUUCCUGAUGAGGUCCUGCAGCUCAUCCAGGAGCGACCCAACAUCUGCAAACAGCUUCACCUCCCAGCCCAGAGCGGGAGUACGCGGGUCCUGGAGGCCAUGCGGCGAGGAUACACAAGAGAAGCGUAUUUAGAGCUUGUGUACCACGUGCGUGACUCCAUUCCAGGAGUCAGCUUAAGCAGUGAUUUUAUUGCUGGCUUCUGUGGAGAGACAGAAGAAGAUCACCAGCAGACCGUGUCCUUGCUGCGGGAAGUCCGCUACAACGUAGGGUUCCUGUUUGCCUACAGCAUGAGACAGAAAACCCGGGCGUUUCACCGGCUGCAAGACGACGUGCCUGCAGACGUGAAGCAGAGGCGGCUGCAGGAGCUCAUCGCUGUCUUCCGGGAGGAGGCUGCGAGGGCGAACCAGGCGAUGGUGGGCCAGUCCCAGCUGGUGCUGGUGGAGGGGCCCAGCAAGCGCUCUGCCUCCGAGCUGUGUGGGAGGAACGACAGCAACAUCAAGGUGAUCUUCCCUGACGCCGAGGCGCAGGACGCUGCGGGCUGCGAGGCUCCCGUCAGAGCCCAGCCAGGGGACUACGUGCUGGUGAAGGUAACCUCUGCCGGCUCCCAGACCUUGAAGGGAGUCCUGCUCUGUCGCACCACCCUCUCCCGCUCUGCGGCUUCUCGAUGA